CGAGCGGAAAUCCAACCGGAACUCAUUUCCACGUGCUGCCCUGGCGGAAGACGGUUUGUUUAGAAGCUGUCUGUGUUACGUUCAACGUGUUGCUCAUAUUUGCCUUUUGUUUAUUCAAUAAUUGUUACGAAAACAAAUAAAAUGUCAUCCAUGGAGAGUCAAGUCGACAGUUUCUGCGAAGAGGAAGAGCAGAAAUCCACAAAAAGAAAGAUUUCACUCUCCAGCUGUGGAGUUUGCAGAUCAGAUGAGGCAAAAUACAGAUGUCCUUCCUGCCAUAAACAUUCCUGCAGUUUGCUGUGUGUGAAGAAACACAAGGAUGACUCCGGAUGCAGCGGGGUUAGAAAUAAAACAGCAUUUGUGACUUUGUCGCAUUUUGAUGAAAUGACACUUCUCAGUGAUUACAGGUUUCUGGAAGAUACUGGAAGAUUUGCUGAUGGAGCCACUAGAGACAACCUUAUCCGGGUUCCACGUUCCACUUUCAAGGCAAAGAGAAUGGCUGUCCAUGCAAGGAAGAUGAACAUCACCCUGAGAUUCCUCCCAGUCACCUUCACUAAGAGCAAAGAAAACUCCACCUUCUUCCUUCCAAAAGAGAAAUGCUUCCUGUGGCACCUGAAGCUCAUAUUUCCUCAGAGUGGCUCAGAGUUCAGUCAGAGGAGGGUGGCUGACACACAGACCCUGAUGCAGAUCUUGAGUCCAUAUAUCCAUCCUACAGAUUCAGACCCUGUGAUUCGUCAAAAGUUGAAGAUGUAUGUGAAUUCUCCAUUUGAUCAUGUGAAAGUCUUCAUAAAAGCCGAGGGGAGAAAGGCCAACUCUGUGAGGUACCAUGAGUUGGACAUUGAGAAGAGCCUAAGGGACAACCUGAGCUACAAAACAUUAAUUGAAUAUCCUGUGCUGCAUGUUGUACUCAGAGAUCAUUGGAAGGAAUAUCCACUCAAAGGACCAGCUGAACCAGUAUUAGCCUGCUUAAGUUCUGCAACCAAGAAUGCUGGCACAGUCCAAGACAGGGAGGCCGUGGCCUGGGUUUCACCGUCAGUACAAGAGUCUUGCACACCAGUAGCAACCAACAUUCAAAGAAGACCCCAGGAAAGUACUCCUGAAACUGAAUCACCACUGGAGAAAAGGCCAAAAAGAAGAGUCCAGAUGGAAGAACAGGAGGAAGGAGAGAUUAUGGACACCAGUGAUGAAGAGGAGGGAACUAAUGAAAAUACCCUGUGUGAUGAGAGCCAGAACAUUUCCAGAAGUGCUGCUAAUGACAUGGAGAAUGUCGAUUAUGCUGCAAGUGAUGUGAAGUACAGCAGCAAUGAACAGUGUGCAAUAAAGGACAUUACUGCUCCUACUGAUCACACUUUAGCUUUUAGAGAGCAUGCUGAGGUCACAAUCACAAAGGAAGACAUGGUGAAAGAGCCAGAAGUGGUUCAUACCCAUCACACUCAAGAUAGAAAUGAGCCAGCUGGUGCUGUUGACAGCUGGCAAAUGGAAUGAUGUUACACAGAUGUUGAAAUGAGUGAUGAAACUGUCAUGAAAUCAGUUUUGUCAUUACAGAUGUGACCAUUACAAAUGUCAUGACUGCGAAAAAUCCACAGUAGAAAAUAUUAUAUAAUAUGAUGAAUCUUUUGUUUAUUUUGUCUUUAUUUGUUUGGAAUUGUAUUUUCUCAAAUAAAAUAUCAGUGUUUGGA